AAUGUAUGGUCAUAAACAAUUCUUACAAUUAGUAAUUUUAUUUUUAAUACAACUAGUCAACAAUAGAAAUUAUCAUUAUUGUCUUUAUUUAUUAUAUCAAAUUCCCACCUUUCCUUCCCAAAUUCAAAAAUCCCUAAAUACACAAAAGGAACCUUCCCUCAACCAACACAAUACUAACAUACUACCCCAAGUAGUACUACUCACAAAAAUCCAUUUAGUCACAUAAACCUUGCCCCAAAAGUACAAACAACCGAAUACCCUAACAAUACUCAAAACUAAAACCCCCGCAUACUACCAAGAAAAAAAAUUUUUUAGAGCACCAUGUAAGUUGCAUCACAGUCAUGAAUCGACUUUAAAAGGCGUUAAAGGCCCCAUAGUUCCUAAUAACCGUGAAGACGUCAGCCGGAUUAUUCAGAAACGGUCAAUAUUGAACAGGAUACAAUGAACAUAAGUCGAAGUGACAAAGAUAAAGCUGGCGUCUCUUCUUUCCAGCGUCGAUCGUUCAGGCAUCCUGUCAGACCUCGAAUUACUUCGAUUUCUAUAUACUCCAUCACAUCCUGUACACGUCAAACACCUGCGAUUGUGCAACAAACUACGUUUACACCUAGAUUUACUUUGUCUGUCGUGUUAUCAAAGAACGGACACAUUUACCCUUCUGUAAACGUUUACGCCCGGAACCUUAUAAAGUAACAUAACCCGAUUUUUAUUGCCAGUAUCCCGUCAACAUUCUUCUCGAAACACUCGUCAUGUGUUCGCGAGUCUUUUUCUAUUCGGUGAUCUGUUAUGGUGUAGUUUGCGUGCAGUGUACCGCGAUAUUCGUCACAUCGGUGAAUCCUGUCAGCAGGAAGCUUUUGGAAGAAAAUGUGAGAGAAGAGAAGUCGGAUUGGGGAUUUCGGAGAGAAUUACCUUACGAUGCUUCGAUGGGAGGGUGGGCUAAUGAUGGAUUUUUUGAGAAAUCGAGAAAUAGGGAGGCUGAAGGAACUGUGCUGUUUUCUGCGGAUGAAUGUUCUAGGUACUGCAUCGGAAAUGACCCCAACAAGAGCGAUGAAGAUUUUCAAUAUAUAAAUUUGUUUUGGAUGGCUAAUAUCGCCGACAUAACGGAAUAUCUUUUAUCAAGUGGUCUCUCAAGAUUAAUGCCAGAAACAAAUGACGUGCAAAGUUCUAACAACAGCGUCAGAAAAUGUCAGAUUCACCUUGACCUGGAUUGCAACAUCACUAAAACAGGAACUGCUACAAAUUUUGCAAAAAACGUGUCGGGAAAUUUCAACGAGCACAAUUUGCAACCCUUUGUAAAAAUAGUGGAGAGACACAACUUAAAUAAACACACAGAUAUAAAGUUUAUGGUAAAUACCGCAAUAAAUCGGAUUAUCAUCAAUGUUGAUGGACAUAUUUCAAACGCUGUGCUUCGAAUACCGACAGCUAGGAGGCACGGUCGUGAAACAGUGAUCUCAUGGAUACGUAAAGACGAUGCGGAUGAGGUUGCAAUCGAAAUACGGAAUCCGCCAUCUGGCGAGUGGUGGAUGAAACUCGUGGGGGAUGAUAACUCGAAAUACCACGUCAGGGUUGGAGGCGUCGAAGAGAAACCUGCAGGCGUACUAUUCUCCCCGGAAACAAGAACGGAUGAUGCUGACGCAAUAACGAUUACACCGCAUCGUCCAGAUAUUAAAAUCAAACCUGAUUCGACUCUAAAUAUAGAAGAAAAAUCCGACAUGUUGAAGACAACCGAUUUCGACGUGAUCAAAGAUGAACAACGCAAUUUGGACGCAACAAACAAUUCUAAAUUAGUGGAUGAUAGACAGAUAAGUCGUGAAAGGUCGUUGAAACGACGAAAACAUAGUGAACGACCAACAAAGGAAGAGAUAAAUGAUAAUGAAUCAUCAAUGAUCGCUUCUAGCACCGAUAACGAAUUUAUUAAUUAUGCAGAGUAUUUUGCUUUCGGGGAUGAUAACAAAAACGGUACUAUUCCAAAGAGAACGGACAAUGGUGAAAAAUUUCUCGAUAAAAUGUUUUCAAUGGAGGACCAGGACGAAAUUCAUGCAAAAUCCUCAAUUGGUGUGAUUGAAAAUCUUGACAUUGACAAUAAUGAAUCACCAAAAGCAGACAACAUUGAUAUAUCAGUGAGAAAAAUAGAAACUUUGGAUAAUGAAGAAUUAUCUGAAGAGCUACUGAAUUAUGCUAAUGAAAAUACUAUCGAAGAAAAAAAGAUGCUUGUUGAACUGAACAGAAACAGCAAUUUACUUGUCAAACCAGGAACGAUACACAGAAUUGUUUUUGAUGUAAUGAACAAUUGUGUUUUGCCAGUCAGAUAUGCAUUUCAAGUGAAGAGUACACCUUUUAAAGUGUAUAAUAUUCAACCUGCUUAUGCAUGGAUUUAUUCUGGACAAAUGAGUAAUGUGGCAGUGGAUUUAAUUGUACCUAACAACGUUGCAGCAGAUACAGCUAAUACAGUUACAUUAUCUAUCUUGGGUACAGAAAUAAAGGAGAAAUCAGUACAUCUAUAUGUACAGGGAUCAGUUUCAAAGUUGACAGAUGAUGUUAAGCCAAAAAUCAAAUAUUCGUUCAAUAAUAACUGUGCUGGAAAACUAGGCAGGGAUCAUUGUUAUAAAUCCUAUUGGAGUAUGGAUGUUACGAUUGAAGACUAUGAAUCAGGUCUCAAACGAGUAAUUUCAUCUCCAAAGAAUAUUUACCCACGCACAGAUUUUAUUAGUGGUACAAGGAGUCCUGUAAUGUUUUAUUAUUCUGCUACGUGUUGUGACACAACUGCGAAAAUCAUAGCUAUAGAUCUACUGGAUAAUUCUAACACUUAUACAGUAGAUGUCACAGCAUGGGACAACUUAUCAGAAGCAGAGAUAGCAGCUAUUACAGUGGGAAUAUUAUUAGCUCUACUAUUCAUUAUUUUGAUAAUUCUUUUGAUAGUAUAUUGUUUUCGAAGAAAAAAGAGCCAUGAUUUGCCUUAUACACAACGAUAUGGUUCCAGACCUCCAGCAAGUGCUGAAAGAACUAACUUUUAACUUAUUUUAUUCUAAUGAAAGAAUAUAAUUCGCAUUAUACAAUAUUCUUUAUUAACAUAAAUUAAUAUAGCAAUUAAGUUUUAUUCAUACAACACACAUUUUUGAAAAAUGUAAAUAUUUCAAUAUCAUUUCUACU